AUGAAGGUGAUCCUUCUGCUUUCCCUUGUGGUGAUGGGUACUUGGAGUACCUGUGUCCUCGAGGGAGAUGGCGUUGUCUGCGACGAUAUGUGCGGAGACGACGUCAUCAUGGCGUUGGACUAUGGUCGUCGCGUCAUUUUUAAUGGCAAGGACUUGUUCUUGGAUUGUGUUCGUCUGCGGCGGUUGAAGGUGGUGCAGCUGCUGCAACCGGUGACGUGCUUUGGGCGUCGAGAGGGGUUAGACAAUGUUGUCACUCCUUGGGAAUUUUGUCUGGACAGCGUCAGGAGCUCAACUCCACCAACCACAAGUUCAACGAUGACAUCCGUGUCGAGGGUGUCUCAAGUGACGACAAUCACGACAGAGGCAGUGAUUCGUCAUUCCGCAGCUGCCAAGGAUAAGGAGAUCCUUGCAGCUAUGCCUACUGUGGUUCCUGAAGUGACCAUUCGGGUCAAGGAUGGACAACUGGAGGCGAGCAUCAGUGGCGAGACAGCCAUGAAGUUUUUGAUUGUGGCUUGCGGAGGAUCUGGGGUCGUUUCGAUCCUGGUGUUUUUGGCCUGGAUGGCUCGACAGUUCUACUUGAAGAAACAAGAGGGGGAUCAAGGGGUAGCAGAGGCAGAAUUGCCUCCCAUAAAUUUUGAUGAGAUCGAAGAAGAUGUAGAUGCUUUCGUUCGAAAUUUUGAGAGCAUGAUCAUAGCCACAAGUUCAACGAUGACAUCCGUGUCGAGGGUGUCUCAAGUGACGACAAUCACGACAGAGGCAGUGAUUCGUCAUUCCGCAGCUGCCAAGGAUAAGGAGAUCCUUGCAGCUAUGCCUACAGUGGUUCCUGAAGUGACCAUUCGGGUCAAGGAUGGGCAACUGGAGGCGAGCAUCAGUGGAGAGACAGCCAUGAAGUUUUUAAUUGUGGCUUGCGGAGGAUCUGGGGUCAUUUCGAUCCUGGUGUUUUUGGCUUGGAUGGCUCGACAGUUCUACUUGAAGAAACAAGAGGGGGAUCAAGGGGUAGCAGAGGCAGAAUUGCCUCCCAUAAAUUUUGAUGAAAUCGAAGAAGAUGUAGAUGCUUUCUGGCAUUCCAUUCAACGAGCUGCGAGAUGGAUGGGCCUCCUAACAGCUGUGCGUCCUACAACAGCCACAGCUUCUGAAGAAGGAGGUGAAACGCAAGUUACCUCAACCGGGGAUCUUCUGGAGCUCAACACGGAAAACAUACGGGUGCUGCUUCUCUGGCUGCUGCUGUUCGGGCUUGGCUUCUUGUUCUUUGUGGGAGGAUCCUUGAUGGAUCCACAGCUGCGGGGUCGCGCUCCAAUCUUGUCAGGGCUGGAGCACUGUGGGCCAGAUUUUGCUGUUCAGGAUACUGUUGCGGAGCUCGUUCAGGCGCAUGACUGCGUCGUCGAUGUUCUGCAUUUCUUGAGUGGGUUGUUGUGGCGGUUGUGGAAGGUCCACAGCAGGUUGGGGAUCCAAUUGUUGUUCCACAGGGAGGAUCUCAAAAUCGGGAUGGUCCAUUUGUGGGGUACGCUGGAUGAAUGGGCGUACAUAACUGGUGUGAAUGACGUCAGUCCAGGUUGGGUUGGCGUCAUCUUGGACUCGUAG